AUGAACGUUUCCUCCUAAUCUUUGUUUAAAAUUGAGACAGCAAAUUAUGAGACAGUUAUAAAAAUUAACAGCAUUGAAUCAAACUCAAAAUCAAAAUCAAAAUCAGAAUCAAAAUCAAAAUCAAAAUCAAAAUCAAAAUCAGAAUCAAAAUCAGAAUCAAAAUCAGAAUCAAAAUCAGAAUCAAAAUCAAAAUCAGAAUCAAAAUCAAAAUCAGAAUCAAAAUCAAAAUCAAAAUCAAAAUCUUAA